UUAUUUAUGUGUAUGGUUGAAUCUAUCUCACGGCAUAUUCUAUGAUCGUUCAAUAGCAAUGACGACAGUUGCCUUUAUAUCAACGUAAUUAUACGAAAUAAUUCCUUUUUUUGUUUACGUGGACAACCGUUGGUCCCGUAUUUAGCAGAUUACAUAUUCACCCACAAUGUCUGUUGCAGAAUUUUUGAAGGGUCUCCCUUCUCAUAAUGAAAAUAAUUUUGCGAAUUUUCAUACUGACAACGGUAAUCGGACAUGUGUCAAGAGACCAUCUGUUUAUCUUCCUACCAAGGAUUAUCCUUCAGAACAAAUUAUAGUUACUGAGAAAACCACCAUCUUAUUGAGGUAUCUUCAUCAACAAUGGGAUAAAAAGAAUGCAGACAGAAAAAGAGAAUUUUUAUCUACUAAUGGUGACUCACAAGAUGAUGGAUCCACAGUACGCAGUAAAAGGCCACGACUUGAUCUAAACAAUUCCCUUUGAAAAGUUGCAAUUUUCGUACGAACAUAUAUUCUUAAAUAACCAACAUUUAUAUAUGAUCUAAAUCAAUUAUAUAGAAAAACGUUAUUUAUGGCACAAGAUUACAUUGGACAAGUAUAUGAAAGUAAAACAUAUUGCUUUGAACUUUAUUAUUUUACUUAUUUUCUGUUUGAUAUCAAUUUUAUGAUAUCCAUAUAUUUUGUUAUAUAAAAUAUAAAUGUGUAAAUUUGUAAUUAUGAACGUCAUAAAUUGUGAUUAUAAAUGUCAGUUCAUAUUUCCUUGUUCCAUACAUUGUCCACUUAAGUAAAUAUUGGCAAUGUAAUGAAAGACAUUCUUUUUUUGUAAUGUGAUAAUUUUAUUUGCAUUAUCUUUUUUGUCAUCGCAAUUGUUUUCAUGUUGUAUCAAAUUUAUUUAGUAUUAUGUAAGGGUUUUAGUUGAGAUCAAUUAUAAUUACUAUAUUUGUGUUUAUAUGUGCUUUUGCUUGUAUAAGAAUUAUUUAUUAAAAAAUGGAACAAAAUUAA